CGAUCUCAUCACAAGAAAUAGCUCAAGUAAAUUUAGUAUCACCAUUGUUACUAAGUGCAAAAAAGCUCUCCUUGGCUGAUGAUUAAGCAAUAGCCCUCAUCUGCAGUCAUAGUUAACAAGCAGCUAGGCAACACCAGACACAAAUCUCUUGUCCUAUUAGAGGACGCUUCGGCCGAGGAUACCGCAAUGGAUCAGGAAGAGGGGCUGAAGGCCUUGGACAAUAUUGUCACUCAGUUCAACGCCUAUGAAGAUUUCCUGGACUCGCAGAUCACUACUGUGGACUUGUACUACCUGGAGGAUGAAACCCUGGCCCGCCAGUUGGUGGAGCUAGGCUACCGAGGGACUGGAGAGAGAGUGAAAAGGGAAGAUUUUGAAGCAAGGAAAACGGCUAUAGAGAUUGCAAGACUGGCUGAAAGAGCUCAGCAAAAGACGCUAACAAGUGCUGGUAAAGACCUACAAGAUAAUUUUCUGACGGCCCUGGCAAUGAGAGAAGAAGACAAUCGCAGUGGAAAACUGAGUUCCGUGAUCUUUAUUCGUGACAGAAAUUCUCAUGGGCAAGAGAUAUCAGGAUACAUCGACUAUGCCCACAGGCUAAAGACGGAAGAUUUUGAAGUCUACUUUACUGGAAAAAAAAGACUUCUUCCAAGGCCUACAGAUAUAAGCUUUUACAACUGGGACGCUGAUAUUGCUGUUUGUAAUUCAAGUCCCAACUAUCAAGUGAUUGCCGAUAAUCCAGAAGGCUUACUUUUCAGAUACAAAAGAGACAGAAAAAUUCUUAAUGUGGACCCAAAGGCGCAGCCAGGUGACAACUCUACUAGAAUCCCUAUCCUGACAGAACUCUACAUACAAGCUGUCAUUUUUGACCACAUUUCCAGAAGGAAGACUUAAGUACCAACAUGUUAAUUUCCUAAUAAUUUGCUAAAUUUAAAUAAAUUCCAUAGACAGAGCAAAUUAGAAUAAUAAAUGAGCCCUGUAGCUGGAAGGCAAAUUAGAACAAUAAAGUUAAUAAAGAAGUUAGAAAGAAAACUGUAAUAUUGACU